AUGAGGGCUGAUUACCACCAGACUUAUCAUCAGCCCGAACCAAAAUCCAAUUUGGAGGAGCUGAUGACAAAAUUUAUAGCAAGUGCGGAAACCAGGUUUCAGAACCAGGAAGCCCCAAUCAAGAACCUGGAAAACCAAGUACAAGCUAUUACCUUAAGGAGUGGAAAAGAGUUGCCCGAGGUAGAAAAGAAGAAUUGGGCUGAACCCAAGGCAGAAACAAGCCUUGGGACCAGACAACAGAAGAAGGAACAACCUGAAGUACAACAAGGGAUGCACCAGCAGCCACAAGUUCCAUUCCCUAACAGGCUGAAGCAACAGAAAAUGGAGAAGGAAUUUGGUAAGUUUCUUGAAAUAUUUAAAAGUUUACACAUUAAUAUUCCUUUUGUUGAUGCUUUAGCCCAGAUGCCACACUAUGCAAGGUUUUUGAAGGAAUUAUUUGCAAACAAAAAGAAACUGGGAGAUGUGGCUAUAGUUGCUUUGAAUGAAGAAUGUUUUGCUAUCCUUUUGAACAAGCUACCUCAAAAACUCAAAGAUCCAGGGAGUUUCACCAUUCCUUGUACAAUAGGCAGUUUAAAAAUUGAGAAAGUUUUAUGUGACCUGGGAGCUAGCAUCAAUUUAAUGCCAUUUUCUAUCUUCAAGAAAUUGGGAUUGGGGGAACCCCAACCCACUAGAGUGGCAUUACAAUUGGCUGAUAGAUYCAUUAGACAUCCUAGGGGGAUCAUAGAAGAUGUCUUAGUUAAAGUUGACAAAUUCAUUUUUCUAGUUGAUUUCAUUGUGUUAGACAUGCAAGAAGAUGUGGACGUCCCACUUAUCCUAGGGAGACCCUUCCUGGCUAUCGGGAAAGCGAUGAUUGAUGUCCAACAAGGACAACUCAGCCUUAGGAUAUAA